UGCCAGAUAUGACAAUAUUACAAAGAAGAAUUCCUCAGACUUUCAGAGAUCCUGCUACAGCACCUCUUCGUAAACUUUCUGUGGAUUUAAUAAAAACAUAUAAACACAUUAAUGAGGUUUACUAUGCUAAAAAGAAACGUCGGGCCCAGCAGGUGCAGCCAGAAGACUCGAGUACAAAGAAGGAACGGAAAGUUUAUAAUGAUGGUUAUGAUGAUGAUAAUUAUGACUACAUUGUAAAGAAUGGGGAGAAAUGGAUGGACCGGUAUGAAAUAGACUCCCUGAUUGGAAAGGGCUCUUUUGGACAGGUGGUGAAGGCUUAUGACAACCAUGAUCAAGAGUGGGUAGCCAUUAAGAUCAUAAAAAACAAGAAGGCAUUUCUAAACCAAGCGCAGAUUGAGUUACGAUUGUUGGAGCUCAUGAACAAGCAUGACACUGAAAUGAAGUAUUACAUAGGGAAAACUUCUAGUCAGUUAAGAGAUAGAAUAUAUGAACAUGCUAAUGAUGUAACGAAAGCUAAAACUUCUAAUGCUCUUUAUAGACAUGCCCCUGACCAUAAGUUUUAUUUUGUUGUACUAGAUUAUAGUAAAGAUCCUAGAGGCUUUAUAUUAGAUGAACAUUUAUAUAAGAGGGAAUUAAUGUGGAUUCUUAGGCUUAAUGCGAUGGAUCCUCCUGGCUUCAAUGAUGCUGGUUCUAUUGCACCACUUCUGAAGCUGGACAGCUUAGAUGGUUGA